UCUAUCGUCCCUCUUUCCCCUUGGAACUCAUAUUAGGGUUUCUGACUUUCUUAUCAGAGACUCUCUAGGGGAAUUGCUGCAAACCCCCAAAGAUUUGGGAUUUCUUCCAUAACUACGACCACAGUAAUUAGAUGGGUACAGAAAGGAAACGGAAGGUCAGUUUGUUCGAUGUCGUCGAUGAAGCCACAGCUACGGCGAAGGUUAACAAAGCUAACGGCGGAGGUGCCGUUCAUGGUAUCAACACCACCACCACCGGUGGUAUGCCUCUGGUAAACAGGUGGAAUGGACGCCCUUACUCUCAGCGUUAUUACGAUAUCUUGGAGAAGAGGAAGACCUUACCAGUUUGGCAUCAGAAAGAAGAGUUUUUGAAAGCACUCAAGGACAAUCAAACCCUUAUUUUAGUCGGUGAAACUGGUAGUGGUAAAACCACACAGAUUCCUCAAUUUGUCUUGGAAGCUGUUGACGUAGAGAGUGCAGAUAGACGCAAGAAAUUCAUGGUUGGUUGCACCCAACCUCGUAGGGUGGCUGCAAUGUCUGUUUCUCGUCGAGUUGCAGAGGAGAUGGAUGUAACAAUUGGUGAGGAAGUUGGUUACAGCAUUCGUUUUGAAGACUGCAGCAGUGCCAGAACUGUAUUGAAAUACUUGACAGAUGGUAUGCUAUUGAGAGAAGCCAUGACAGAUCCACUUUUGGAGAGGUAUAAAGUGAUAAUUCUUGACGAAGCACAUGAAAGAACGUUGGCUACUGAUGUUUUGUUUGGGCUUCUAAAGGAAGUGCUGAAAAAUAGACCCGAUCUUAAGCUAGUUGUAAUGAGUGCUACUCUUGAAGCUGAAAAGUUUCAGGGUUAUUUCUUUGGUGCACCUUUAAUGAAAGUUCCGGGAAGACUUCAUCCUGUCGAAAUUUUCUAUACCCAAGAACCCGAAAGGGACUACCUUGAAGCAGCAAUCCGAACAGUUGUACAGAUACAUAUGUGUGAACCUCCUGGUGAUAUACUCGUUUUCCUUACUGGUGAAGAGGAAAUAGAAGAUGCAUGCCGCAAGAUAACAAAAGAAGUCGCAAAUAUGGGAGACCAGGUGGGGCCUGUGAAAGUUGUUCCUUUGUAUUCAACACUGCCUCCGGCUAUGCAGCAGAAGAUAUUUGAACCUGCUCCAUCUCCGACAACAGAGGGCGGUCCUGCUGGUCGGAAGAUUGUCAUUUCAACCAACAUUGCUGAAACUUCUUUAACCAUAGAUGGGAUAGUUUAUGUCAUAGACCCUGGUUUUGCAAAGCAGAAAGUCUAUAAUCCACGUGUGCGUGUCGAGUCUUUGUUGGUUUCUCCAAUAUCAAAGGCAAGUGCUCACCAGAGAUCAGGUCGUGCUGGAAGAACACAACCAGGUAAAUGUUUCAGACUGUACACAGAGAGAAGUUUCAACAACGAUCUUCAACCGCAGACCUACCCAGAGAUUCUUAGAUCCAACCUUGCAAAUACUGUUCUCACUUUGAAGAAACUUGGUAUAGAUGAUCUGGUUCAUUUUGAUUUUAUGGACCCUCCUGCUCCGGAGACUUUGAUGCGCGCACUAGAGGUUUUAAAUUACUUGGGAGCAUUAGAUGAUGAAGGGAAUUUGACAAAAUUGGGUGAAAUUAUGAGCGAAUUUCCCCUAGAUCCUCAGAUGGGGAAGAUGCUUGUAGUGAGUUCUGAAUUCAACUGUUCUAACGAAAUUCUUUCCAUCUCAGCUAUGCUAUCAGUACCCAAUUGCUUUGUCCGGCCUAGAGAAGCUCAGAAGGCUGCAGACGAAGCAAAAGCUCGAUUUGGACACAUUGAUGGGGAUCAUCUUACGCUGUUGAAUGUGUAUCACGCUUACAAGCAAAAUAACGAGGAUCAAUCAUGGUGUUACGAGAACUUUGUAAAUCAUAGAGCACUUAAGUCUGCAGAUAACGUGAGGCAACAGCUAGCUCGUAUAAUGGCCAGGUUCAACCUCAAGUUAUGCAGCACAGAUUUUAACAGCCGCGACUACUACAUCAACAUCAGAAAAGCUAUGUUAGCAGGGUACUUCAUGCAGGUUGCCCAUUUGGAGCGCACUGGACAUUAUUUGACCGUGAAAGAUAAUCAAGUUGUCCAUUUGCACCCAUCAAAUUGUUUGGACCACAAGCCAGAAUGGGUUAUUUACAAUGAAUAUGUCCUAACAAGCAGAAAUUUCAUACGCACUGUUACAGAUGUUCGUGGUGAAUGGAUUGUCGAUAUUGCUCCACAUUACUAUGAUCUUGAAAACUUCCCCCAAUGUGAAGCAAAACGUGUUCUGGAGAAGCUGUACAAGAAACGGGAAAAGGACAAGGAGGAGAGCAGAAACCGAAGAUAGAACCCUCACUCACUCGGGUUUCCAUUUUCACAUAUCACUUCUACUUGAGAUUUGAGAGCAUCAAUCAAAACUAUGAAAUACCAAAUUCAGCAAUGGGGGAUGUGGACAGCAACGGCUUGUAUCUCCAAGGUUAUUGAGGGUUGCGCAAUACUACUUAUCAUCAUGUAUCUUAGUUUAGCAACAGUUGUUGGUUCAGUAUGAAUGAAUUGAAUAAUCUUUGAAAAACCAGUUCCAUGUUUUGUCUGUUUGGGUUUCUAACAUUUGCAAAAGAGAGUUGCCAGUAUCAUGCUUCCUUUCUUUUUCUAAUAUAUGAAAAACAAAACAAGAUCACCAUUAUUUUUCU